AUGGAGGGAAAGCUGCGUUAUGAAAUUGCUAUCGCUGUAAAUACAUCCACUCUCUCGUUCAAUACCUUGAUUGGACCAGAAAACGAAGAAGCAGAUGUGACUCUUAUGGCCAUGGCUAUUACUGGAAAUGUGGACGCCAUUAAAGCUCUUUGUAGUGAAGGUGCAAACCUUGAGUGGAUUGACAAAGAGGGGAAGACCCCUCUUAUAGUGGCUUGUAUGGAUUCUGGAUUGUACAAUGUUGCCAAAGUUUUGAUUGAAAUGGGAGCCAAUGUCAAUGCUUAUCGUCCAGGGCGUCGCGCGGGUACCCCUUUGCAUCACGCGGUGAAAAGAGGCCUCGACCAGACUGUUAAAUUACUUCUCUCAAGAGGAGCGAAUGUUUUAGUGAGAAAUGAUGAUUGUCAGACUCCACUUGAUGUUGCCAGAAUAAAGGGGAAUAUAAAUGUUGUGCGCAUUAUUGAGCUGGGCUGCCGUUAUACCACAAGGUUUCAGCCAUUCAAUGAAUUCCAUCAAGCUGGAGCUUUUGAUAUAUCCUACUUCACAGUUUCACGUCUGCUGAAUGAACAGGAUACACAACCUCGUACAAUUAUUGCUCUUUGGAAGGCCAAAAUUGAGGAACCUAACUUUAACCAACCAGAUCCUGAGCUUACUAUUUUCGACCAGUCAACUAAAACUCAAUACAAACUUGCAUCUGCCAACGAGGGUGACAAACAGCAGCUUCACUUGUUAUAUGAUGCCUGCAGCGGCAUUCCCCAGGUUAUACCUCCGCCAAUGCAUCGUGAUCCUCCAACCACAGUUCCAGUGGUCGGUCAUCAAACCUCUGCAGAAGCUGUAGAAUCGGCAAUGGACAUAAGCGGAUCCAUUCAGUCUGCCACAGAGGACAGGCCACUGCAUCCAAAUACUCUUCAGAGCUCUGGAGUAAUUAAUGCAAAUGGCUGGGAAGAUCCUGUUCAUGUUGACAGCCACAACGGGUGGGCUGCAGCUGUUGGAUCCACACAUUCAGCAGCAAGCAGCAGUGGAUGGAUGGAUGAGGCACCAAAAGAAGACUACAAUGGUUGGGGUGUGCCUAACAUGAGGUCAAGUGGCAGUCAAGCUCCAUCAGCUCCACCAAUUCCUGACGGGGCUUUGGAUGAAGGGACUAUCCAUUAUCCAUCAAUUGAUUUUAGUCCAGUGGACUUCUCUGUUCCAGCCUCAGAGAAUGGAGCUUCUGAAAAGAGUGACGUGAACGAUGGAGAUACUUCUUCUUCAUGUAUAAUAUGUUGGGAAGCUCCCGUUGAAGGUGCAUGCAUUCCUUGUGGUCACAUGGCUGGUUGUAUGACUUGUUUGAAUGAGAUCAAAGCCAAGAAAGGUGUUUGCCCAGUUUGCCAAUCCAAGAUAAACCAGGUUGUAAGGCUUUAUGCUGUCUGA